GCGGAACUACAACCUUUUGCCCGCGUGACAAAAUCAGCCAAUCAGAACUCUGUUCUCGGGCUAUAUAUUACACGUCAUUUCCUGCCAGCGCUCUCUUUUCACCGUGUGGUCAGAUUUCCAUACGGCGUUGUUUCGUGCUCUCCCACCUAAUUCGUAACGCAGGGAAAGCGGUCACGAUGUCCGGAGGUCUGGAUGUUCUCCAAAUGAAGGAGGAGGAUGUGCUGAAGUUCCUGGCUGCAGGAACCCAUCUGGGAGGCACCAACAUGGACUUCCAGAUGGAGCAGUACGUCUAUAAGAGAAAAAGUGACGGUGUGUACAUUAUUAACUUGAGGAAGACCUGGGAAAAGCUGCUGCUUGCAGCCAGGGCUAUUGUUGCCAUUGAAAACCCAGCUGAUGUCUGCGUCAUCUCCUCUAGGAACACUGGACAGAGAGCUGUGCUCAAGUUUGCCUCUGCAACUGGUGCCACCACCUUCCAUGGUCGUUUCACUCCUGGAACCUUCACCAAUCAAAUCCAGGCAGCUUUCAGGGAGCCCCGCCUUCUGAUUGUGACAGACCCACGUGCUGACCACCAGCCACUGACUGAGGCCUCUUACGUCAACAUCCCAACCAUUGCCCUGUGUAAUACUGAUUCACCCCUCAGAUACGUAGAUAUUGCCAUCCCCUGUAACAACAAGGGUCAUCACUCUGUGGGUCUGAUGUGGUGGAUGCUGGCCAGGGAGGUUCUGAGAAUGAGGGGCACCAUCUCCAGGGAACACCCCUGGGAAGUCAUGCCUGAUCUCUAUUUCUACAGGGAUCCUGAGGAGAUAGAGAAGGAGGAGCAGGCUGCAGCUGAGAAGGCUGUUGGUAAGGAAGAGUUUCAAGGAGAAUGGACUGCCCCAGCAGCUGAGUUUGCCCAGCCUGAGGUGGCUGACUGGUCUGAGGGUGUGGCUGUACCAUCUGUGCCCAUUCAGCAGUUCCCUGCAGCCGCCGCUGCUGUUGCUGCUGCUGCUGCUGCUGCUGCUGCUGCUCCAGUCAAGCCAGCUGGAGGUGAAGUUUACUCUGAGGACUGGAGUACGCAGCCUGCCACUGAGGAUUGGUCUGCUGCCCCAACAGCCCAGGCAUCUGACUGGGGUGGAGCGGCCGCUGAUUGGUCUUAAAACAACCUCGAGAACAAAUAAAGCGGCUGUUUUUUAAAGACUGA